GUGAAGAUCCAUGUCUGAGCUGCACCUAUGUUCUGCCAAUGUGACUGAUUGAUCCAGCUGAUGAACAGUAAAGAUUAAGAGGAUGACAAAUAAGCAUGCUGCUUACACAGCACUUGGGGUUAAUCCUCCCCCUCCACCCACCGGGCUCCCUUUUGAGGACCUGCUGCCGGGGAGAAUCCGCAGACAGUGACAGACCCCGACGGCCACAGGGAGGACACGCAACCUGUUGACGUGCAACAAGUGUCAGCUCGAGCCCAUGGCAGGACCCCAGCCCAUCUGCAUCCCUACACCACAGGCUGCAGCACAGUAGAGGCUGCCAUCUGUCUACCAGGAACCCUACAGCCAACAAAACAACAACUUUAUUUUAGUAUUGAUUCUGGACAUUUUUACUAAAAUAUUUCCAACUCAACUAAAAAGGACAAAUACUUUACUGCACAGACUCUCCAUUCGUCAAUCCUUUGAGGAGAAAUUUGUGGAAAAAAUGAUGGAGGAUCACCUGUCGAAGAUCCCCAUGAUGCCAUCCUCUUCUCCAACAGAAUCAUCCAGCAGUGGUGGGACUGAGGACAGCAGAGGAGCCAAGAGUCCAGGCCCGGGAAAAGCUCUGAGUCCGGCUCUGGUCUGCAAAGUGUGCGGAGACACCAGCAGUGGCAAACACUACGGCAUCUACGCCUGCAAUGGCUGCAGCGGCUUCUUCAAACGCAGCGUGAGGAGGAGGCUCAUUUACAGGUGCCAGGCUGGAACUGGAAUGUGUCCGGUGGACAAAGCUCAUCGCAACCAGUGCCAGGCAUGUCGGCUGAAAAAGUGCCUGCAGGCAGGCAUGAAUAAAGAUGCUGUGCAGAAUGAGCGCCAGCCUCGCAGCACAGCUCAGGUCCGUCUGGACUCCAUUGAUGUGGACCCUGAGAAGGAGCACUUGGCCACCACAAGGGAGCCCACUUCCUCCUCCUCCUCUUCCUCCUCCUCCAGUGGGUCUGUCAUCACAUGGCCCCACAUUAGCUCCUCCGUGUCCAUUACCUCCUCUGUCGCCCCCCAGCGCUGCAUCAGUCCCCAGAACAACCAUCGUUUCAUGGCCAGCCUGAUGACAGCUGAGACCUGUGCCAAACUGGAGCCUGAGGAUGUUGAUGAAAACAUUGAUGUGACCAGUAACGAGCCAGAGAGAGCAUCUUCAGAGUACCAUAUGGCUCUGUACCCAACCAGCUCGGAGAACGUGUAUGAGACCUCGGCGAGGCUGCUCUUCAUGUCGGUUAAAUGGGCCAAAAACCUACCGGUGUUCUCCAACCUACCCUUCAGAGACCAGGUAAUCUUGCUGGAGGAAGCAUGGAGUGAGCUUUUCCUACUCUGCGCCAUCCAGUGGUCUCUGCCGUUGGACAGCUGUCCACUGCUGUCUUUGCCAGACCUCUGUCCCGGCAUGCAAGGCAAAACCAGUUACACCAGCCUGGACUUGCGCCUCCUGCAGGAGGUCUUCAGCCGUUUCAAGGCCCUCGCAGUCGAUCCCACGGAGUUCGCCUGCCUGAAGGCCAUUGUGCUCUUCAAACCAGAAACUCGAGGAUUGAAAGAUCCAGAGCAAGUAGAGAACCUGCAGGACCAGUCUCAAGUGAUGCUGGGACAGCAUAUCCGAUCACAUUACCCCAGUCAACCAGCCAGGUUUGGUAAGCUGCUGCUUCUUCUUCCAUCUCUACGUUUUGUGAACUCAGAGCGGAUAGAGCUGCUGUUCUUCCACAGGACCAUCGGAAACACUCCCAUGGAGAAACUGUUGUGUGAUAUGUUCAAAAACUAAAUCAAUCACAGAUGGGAUGGUAUUUGACAGAUAUUUGCUUUGUACUACUGUAUGCUUAUCACAGAUUCUGCAUGUUGUGAUUUUUGUAAAGUCACUUUAUUUUGUGUUUGUUGCUUCGACAUCAGGUCAGUCCGGACACUGAAAAUGCAGUUUGCUCCAGUCAUUACGUCACUCAGUUUGUAUCAUGUUUAGAUUAUGAUCUGUGACUAAACACAUUCUGUAGCAUUUUAUUAUUUUUGUGUUGAUCCUGUCUUUGCUGAAAAUUACAAGCAGAUUUGAUUGUUGAUAGAAGGGUGUAAAACUUCUAUCAUUAAUGUGACUUGUGUUUUCAU